AUGAGGCGCCUCAGAAGCUGCAUUACCACGCACAGCACUAUCAGCCGAUUUCAAACCGUCAGCUGCCUGCUUUUCCCCGUCAUCCAUCCCAUCAUCCAUCCGUUUCCCCCCAUCCUCCGCCCGCUUCCCCCCAUCGCCAUCGGCCCACCGAAGCCAUUUCCCCAGGGGCCUGGUGGACAGCGAUCGGUGCAUUGCCGGCUGGUGGGAGGCGUGGGGGGAGGCGUGGGGGGAGGCGUGGCGGGUGGCAUGGGCGGUGGAGUCGUGCUUGGUAGUGUGACGGGAGAAGGAGAGGGAGCGCAGCUGCAGGUGGGGGAUAAGCGAGGGGAAGUGCGGGAGCGGGCGGGAGGAGGUGCGGGUGUGUGGGGGAGCUUGGUGCUGGCAUCUGUGGUGCUCAUAGCUGCAGUGCUGGCAUCUGUGGUGCUCAUAGCUGCAGUGCUGGCAUCUGUGCUGCUCAUAGCUGCAGUGCUGGCAUCUGUGCUGCUCAUAGCUGCAGUGCUGGCAUCUGUGCUGCUCAUAGCUGCAGUGCUGGCAUCUGUGGUGCUCAUAGCUGCAGUGCUGGCAUCUGUGCUGCUCAUAGCUGCAGUGCUGGCAUCUGUGGUGCUCAUAGCUGCAGUGCUGGCAUCUGUGCUGCUCAUAGCUGCAGUGCUGGCAUCUGUGGUGCUCAUAGCUGCAGUGCUGGCAUCUGUGCUGCUCAUAGCUGCAGUGCUGGCAUCUGUGGUGCUCAUAGCUGCAGUGCUGGCAUCUGUGCUGCUCAUAGCUGCAGUGCUGGCAUCUGUGCUGCUCAUAGCUGCAGUGCUGGCAUCUGUGCUGCUCAUAGCUGCAGUGCUGGCAUCUGUGGUGGUGUCUGUACUCAUAGUCCCGGCAAGCGCUUUCCCCCACUCCCCCCACCUCUCUCGCCUCCUCCGCCCCACCGCCCCCUCUGGGCCCCUCACCUUCCGCGUCUCCCCUCGCUCCCCCCUCUCCCUGUGCCUGCCUGGGCUGCGCCUGCCCUUGCUGCGCCUGCCUUUGGAGUGCCUGCCUCUGCUGUGCGACUCGAGCCUCUAUAGCCGACAUAGUCGAUACACACUCCACCAUCGCCCACUCCAACUUAAUCUCCCCUCCGCCUCCCUUCACCCCAUGCGCGCCUCCCUCCCCCUCCCGCUCCCCCUCUCCUCUCGGCCGCCCAUCCCCUGGCGCUUCGAGCAUGUGCUGGACACGCUUCAGACACGUCAGCAGCGCGCCAACAGCCCUCUGAGCCGACUCGAGUCGCUGCUCCAGCUGUCGUCGCUCCGCCGCUUCUUCCGCCAGCCGCCCUUCUGGCGGGUUUCCCGGCGGAGGGGCGGGAAAUGCGCUGUUCGUCGGAUCUUCAACUCCCGCUUUCCUGUAACCUUCUAG